AACCAAAACUGCUGGCCAAGUUUGAGUUGAGCCUUAGCAGUGUGAUAAUGGCUGCUUUUGUUCUGGUGACGCAAACGUUACAGUCAUUCAAGCAGAACCGGUUCGGUUCACAACCAUUUUUAUAACGUCUUUUUUUUCAAGUGCUUAGCGUUGCCAGCAUUGGUCCUGUUACUAUGGCGACAGACAUUUUAAAACGUUUUGAACAAUGGGGAUUGAGUGGCACAGUAAGCUUCUGUUGCAGUCCGUUUGGAUGCUGGGGAGUAAUGCAAGUAAGUGCAAACAAACUCCAAUCACAUGGACCCGGACAUUAAACAGACUAGAAGAUGUGUGCACAAGUGUAAACUUGACAGCAUUCAAGACACGCAGCAGGACUGGGACAGACCAGCUCCUGAUAAAUUGGACACCCAUCAGCCAGAAGCCAUCAGAAGUGAAAUGCAAUCAAAUGACAAAGAGCUGCUUUUUAGUCGAUGGAAGAAAGGAAAACAACUCGCUGCUAAAUCCCAGCAUGCUGCAGUGGAUACAAUAGAAAACAGGUUCUUGAAAGUGCGACAGAGUUUACUGCGAAACACCAAUGAAAAUGUCAGUCAAGAUUUUAAUGAGCAGGCAAUUGAAUCCCUGCAAACAAUUCUAGCAGGAGCAGAUCUGCUUCAAAAAGAAGAGGCUACGAUGAGUGUCCUCGGGUCAAAAUAUGAUUUCCAUAUGGAUCAUAAAGCCUUACAUCUGCCCUUUGGUUACUUUAUCGAGUCCAAUUCAACAAGAUCUGUUGAACGUUCCUCAAACCCAUCCAAAGCCGUUUUGAAGGAAAUAUCAAAGGGCAGAGAAAGAAGCAGAGCUGACAAAAGUCCAUCUUUGAAGAGUAAACAUCUUGACUUCUUUGAAAUCGUGAAGGAACAACUCCAGCAGAAGGACUUGGAGAAUCAGCAUCUUGUCCAUUUGUUGUUGGUCAAGCGACAAGAACUGAAAGAUAUGAAAGAGAUGUCCAAGCAAAAAGAGAAGGAAACCCAACUCAUCACUGAAAAGCUUAAGUGUGAGGAAAAGAAAAACACAGAAAUCACCACCAGGUUUGAGCAAAUCUCUGAAGAUUUAAAGAAGGAACUCGCUGAAGCCAAAAGUAACAACAAAACAUCUAUGAAGCAGCUUAAAGCACUGAUGGAGAAAUACGAGCGCCUCAAAACACGCGCUAACACCAUGAAGGACCAACUCAACGUGGAGCUCAGUGAGAAAAAGAGCUGUCAGAAAUCACUGAGGAAGCUCCAGCAGAUGUCUCAGGAGCUGCUGACCAAGCAGAAACUUCUGGAGGAGCAAAGAGAUGUAGCAGAUCGAAAUCUGGCAUUGUGUAAAGAGACACUGCAGGUGAUGGACGCCGAACACAAGAAGAACAUCAGCAUUCAUCAGAGACUCGAGGAGGAGAUAUCAGCCACGAGAAGUGAAUCUGCAAACCUCAGAGAACAUUUACGUAAAGCUCAGGAGAAGAACAAGGAGCUCAUGCAGGCGGCUCGUUCCAAAGAGUCUGACAAUAAGAACAAUGUGAAGGAAUUUCAGGAGAUGAUUGAAAAACUGAAUGCAGAGUUGGAAAACUGCAAAACAGAGAGAGACCAAGCACUUCAACAGGUGGAGACUGUGAAAUAUGAAUCCAAACUGAUUCACAAUAAGCAGAGAGUGGAGAUACUUCAGCUGCAGGAGCAGCAGAAAGCCUGUCUGCAGCAGUCUGACGGUUUGAGAAGAGAGUGCGAGACCUUGAUGCAGAUGGUCAGUAAACUCAAGAGAGACAAUCAAGUCUUGACAGAGAAGUUGGAGAGCGUUCAUAAAGAAAAGAUGGCAAGCACGAAGGAGGGAGCACGACUCAAAGAGGCCAUCCGACUGCUGGAGCGAGAGAGAGAGGUGCUGUUAGCGGAGAUGGAGGACUUGCGAAAGGAUUACCUCGGCCUCAGCGACAAGAUCACACAAAAAAUGGUACACAUGGAUGCAGCUGAUCCUCCCAUGACCAUCACUGACAUCAUUACAAGCCAUCAGAGAGACGCUCAGAAGUUCUCACACACCGAUGAUGGAAUGAUUCCUGAUGAUGUGAUUCGGGACAUAAGAAGAAAACUAGAAGAGGAGAACCAGCAAAAAUGAAAUGAAUUGUUUUUCUACCACCAGCUAUUGUGUGCACAUGCACACUUUCUCUGUAACACCGUAAUAUUUCUGCAUCAAGUUAUUUGAAAUGCAAAA